GAAAGAAGUAAAGGAGACCUACGGCAGCCAGUGAAGAGGCUCUUAACUUGGACAUCAGCUAUUUAAGCUGAAUGCAUUGUGAUUUCCAGUAAUUGAGACAGUGAUUCUGAAAGCUGUCCACAUUAAUGAAAAGAACAAUGUAGUCAGCUUAACUGAAUCAUCAGUGUUGCCUAUUGAAUAAAGCAUGACAGAUCCUAUCUUGGUGGACUUCUGCAUGUGAGGAACGUAGAUUUCUAUACCCUUUUGUUUAAAACUUUGUGGGUUUUUUUAUUUUUUUUCCUUUUGGUAAGUUUUAGCUAUGGAGAAUUACGAAAAUACACCUCCCCUUCCAAAAGAGCCAGCAACCGAAGUGAAUAUGGAGAACCCUUCUUGUCCCCCACCACUGCCGCCCAAUGAACAGCCUCCACCACCUCCCCUGCAAACGUCCAGUGACGCAGAGGUAAUGGACGUUGGCUCUGGUGGUGAUGGACAGUCAGAUACCCCUGCUGGGGACACCCACGCUGUCAACAGAAUACAGCUGCUCACAAAGGGAUCUUCAUGCUACCAAAGUCGUCUUAUCAUAGAUCCUAACAGUGACCAAAGCCCAAGAACUGCUCGACAUGCACCUUCAGUUAGGAAAUUCACUCCCGAUCUUAAGUUGCUUAAAGAUGUAAAGAUUAGUGUUAAUUUUACAGAGAGCUGCAAGAGUAAAGACAGAAAAGUUCUGUACACUGGAGCUGAGCAAGAUUAUGAGGCAGAUUCAGAUUUAGGUAUUCACGGUGUCAAUGGGGAUAUGCAUGCUUGUCCUCUUGGUGGGAGUAGUGGCAGCCAAGCAGCUCAUGUAGCUGGUGAAAACAAUGACAAAAAGGAUGAUGACAAUGAUGUAGAUCAGGAAAAGCGAGUGGAAUAUGCAGUUUUGGAUGAUUUAGAAGAUUUUACUGACAAUUUGAUGGAAAUAGAUGAAGAAGGAGGGUUUACAUCUAAAGCGAUCGUUCAGCAGGACAAAGUGGAUGAAGAAACCUUGAACUAUUCUUAUGAGGAUGAAUUUGAUAAUGAUGUGGAUGCUCUGCUGGAAGAGGGCCUUUGUGUUCCCAAAAAAAGGAGGAUGGAUGAGAAAUAUGGAGGGGAGAGUGACCAUCAGUCUGAUGGAGAAACGACUGUGCAGCCAAUGAUGACCAAAAUAAAAACUGUUCUUAAAAGUCGUGGUCGCCCUCCUACAGAGCCUUUGCCUGAUGGAUGGAUCAUGACAUUCCACAACUCGGGCAUCCCUGUGUACCUGCACAGAGAAUCUCGGGUGGUCACCUGGUCCAGACCUUAUUUCUUGGGAACAGGAAGCAUCAGGAAACAUGACCCUCCUUUGAGUAGCAUUCCUUGUUUGCAUUAUAAAAAAAUGAAGGAAAAUGAGGAAAGGGAACAAAACAAUGACAUAACCCCAAAUGGGGAAGUUUCACCUGUAAAGCUCACGGAGAAAUCCCUGGAACUGGAUUGUCAAACGGAGGAGCCGGACUCCACUGCAGCUGAUUCUGGAAUUUCAGAUGAGAGAGAUCCAUCUGGGGGAGAUGCAGCCCAGGGAGCCUUGGGACAGGUGAAGGCCAAAGUUGAAGUGUGCAAAGAUGAGUCAGUAGAUAUUGAGGAUUUCCGACACUACCUGGAAAAACGUUUUGAUUUCGAGCAAGUAACUGUGAAGAAGUUCCGAACGUGGGCUGAGAGACGGCAGUUCAACCGCGAGAUGAAGAGGAAGCAGGCAGAAUCUGAGCGGCCUAUUUUGCCAGCCAAUCAGAAGCUUAUUACAUUGUCUGUCCAAGAUGCACCCACAAAGAAAGAGUUUGUUAUUAAUCCCAAUGGGAAGUCUGAAGUUUGUAUUCUUCAUGAAUAUAUGCAACGAGUCCUAAAAGUUCGACCUGUUUACAAUUUCUUUGAAUGUGAGAACCCAAGUGAACCUUUUGGAGCAUCAGUUAUUAUUGAUGGAGUGACUUACGGAGCAGGAACCGCCAGCAGCAAGAAACUUGCCAAGAAUAAAGCUGCCCGAGCUACUCUGGAAAUCCUCAUCCCUGAUUUUGUUAAGCAGACCUCUGAGGAAAAGCCCAAAGACAGUGAGGAGUUAGAGUAUUUUAACCAUAUCAGUAUUGAGGACUCACGGGUAUAUGAACUGACCAGUAAAGCUGGACUCCUGUCUCCAUAUCAGAUCCUUCAUGAGUGCCUUAAAAGAAAUCAUGGCAUGGGUGAUACAUCUAUAAAGUUUGAAGUGAUUCCUGGCAAAAAUCAGAAGAGCGAAUAUGUCAUGACUUGUGGGAAACAUACUGUACGUGGCUGGUGUAAAAACAAAAGAGUUGGAAAACAAUUGGCUUCCCAGAAAAUCCUUCAACUGCUUCACCCACAUGUGAAAAACUGGGGUUCUCUAUUGCGCAUGUAUGGCAGAGAGAGCAGUAAGAUGGUUAAGCAGGAAACUUCUGAUAAAAGCGUGAUAGAGCUUCAGCAGUAUGCCAAAAAGAACAAGCCAAAUCUGCACAUUCUGAACAAGUUACAGGAAGAAAUGAGAAAAUUGGCACAAGAAAGGGAGGAAACUCGAAAGAAACCCAAGAUGACAAUUGUAGAGUCUGCUCAACCUGGCAGUGAGCCUCUCUGUACUGUUGAUGUGUAAUGAGAAAGACUAGGAAUUGGAGCAAUAAAACAAGUGGAGAAAGUUAGGGUUUUUUGUUUGUUUUUUUGGUCAACAAUUUAAGGAGGAAUUAGUUUGCUUCAGAAAACAACCUAACAGUCAAAGCUGCUUCAAAUGUGCAUUGUAUCUUUGCAUCAGGGUGAUAAUACAAAUUUUGUGUGUAUUUCCCAAGACGUUGUUAUUCAAGAGGGCAAAAAUCUGCACAGGCCUAGGUUUAAAAGAACAAGCAGCAGGCUUGUUCACCUAGGCGAAGUUGAGGCGCAAACUCACUCCCCAUCCUUUUUCAAGAGAGAUUUGGGUUGUCUUCAAUGGAUAUGAUGAAAGAUUAAAUUCAGAAUGUUCAUUUAAGGAAUCGAACGAAUGUCUAACACAGGAGCAUAGCUAUUCCUGCUUUUAUGAACCUACAGGCACUUGUUUUCUGAAAAAGUUUCUUAUAUCUCCGCACAGAAUAAUAUGCACUGAUAACACACUUUUAACAGCUACAUUGGAGGAAAGAAACAAAAGUGUGCGUUACUUUAUGCCCUAAGGUUAGGCCAGUAGAGUUGCUUGUUAAUGAAUUUUGGCAGACUUAGAAUUUUUAGCGUGGUACACUGAUUAUCAGACAAGAACUGAUAGUAUACAGCUCUGAGAUUUCCAUUUUCUUAAUCAUUGCAUUUCAUUUAAAAAUAAGAACAUAGGAAGCUGUGAUUGUAAGGUAUACUUCAGUUUCUCUUAGACAUAAACAGUGAACUUUGGCAAUUCUGCAUAAAGGUGGGCCAAGCAUCACUGCUCUGCAGCUUUUCUGCAUGCUAGUAGGGCUUAUAACCACGUUUUCCCAUGGUUUAUCAGAGUAACCGUGAAUGCUGCAGCAGCGCUUGGUAAGUUGCCUUUUUUGUCAUUUCAGUUUAAUUGCAACACUUAGCAUUUCCUCACGGCUUGACUUGGAAGCCAGGAAAAUCACUGGACCCAUUUCAAGUUUGUUUUUGUUUUGUUUUUUUAAAGUGACUGCCUUUGUUUUUACUGCCUGUUUAGUGCUUGCAAAUUUGGCUCUGGAAACGAUUUGAACAUAAAUUGAGAUUCAUCAGAGAGGACUCCAAAAAGACCUAAGUAAAUUUUGUUGUUGAAAUGAAGAAUAUGAAUAUGUAAACGUUGUCUACAACCCCUCUUGGUCCAUGGCUAUGAAAUAUUUUGAGUAGCAAAAACUACUGUGAAAGAAAUCCAUACGAUUUGGGGUGUGUGUGUUUUUUCCAGUAAGGCUUCAACCCUCCCAAAAAACUAAAAGGAUGGAUUGGGGAUCAGGUCCCCCCCCCGAACUGUUUUGCAUAAGCAAUGGACAUCUGGUUUCGUGACUCCUUGAUGUCCCUUGUUGCUGCAAAUAAAGCAAGCGGUGCUAGCCACAUUUUAAUGCUCAUUUACAACAUGGCUGCAUUUAGGCUGCAUCUAAGGGGUUGGUAAUCUGAAAUCCAGGAAAGUGCCAGGAUCUUCAAACAGUUUUUUGCUUGCCAUGGUGUAUAUUGCUUGCUCAGUUUCUUGUCACUAGUAAUGACUGUUCAGCAUGUCCAUGGCUGGUUGCACGCAGUAAUAUUUAAAACCUCUGAAUAAAAUGUUGUAUAAUAGCAUUUAUCUUUGCAGGAGGCAGAUCCCUUCAGAGCUCCAGUUGGAAGCUCUGCCAACAGGAAACUUGGUAGGAAUAAAGUCCAAUUGCAAUAAGUGCUAGAGCACUUGCUUUCACCCUCAGUAAUUUGCAAAUAAUAUUUCUGGGGCCCUGCGGACGAGUUUUGGCCCUUUGGAAUUUUGUUCCAUAGAUAUUCCCUCAGGUCACGAUUUGCCACAGAAUUAAGCAUGGCGUUAAAUGUAUUGCUUCUGUUCUUUAAAUAGCCCAGCUUCUAAUCUUCACCCUAGUAUUUAAAAGCACUACAAAUCCAAGGGGAAGUCAGAUAUUCCUUUUUAUAUACAUUUCUUACCAGGGUGGGGACAGCACUUUCCCUCGGGGGGGUAAUCUCUUUCCCAAACUCAGAAUGUUUUGCAGGUUCUCUGCCGAGUAUCACAGAUGCCUCCUUCCAGAAGGGUUUUGCCAGGUUGAGUCUCUCUGGCUUUAGCCUUACCUGUCGGUAUCCGAAUUGAUAAGAGGUGACAGCCGCCCUUAAAACCAUCCAGAGGUGUCAUUGUAAACCAAAGGCUAAUACAAGAAAUUAUGCAUUAUUUAAAAAAAUAAAAGUGCUGCAGCCUGUUCAGCAAGACGUUCCCACAAAGCGCAAUAACAGCUGGAACAAACCAUGUAAUUACUGUGGUCACUGUGAAGUAUUUCUCGUCAUUUCCGAUGUUUACUAUAGUUUGAAGCGUAAAUGGUCUUGUGUUUGCCCUGAAGCACAAGCUGCUGUGAUAGAUCCUUGCAUUCAUUCCAGCUUCUGCAUGGAUACUUGUGCAGUGUGAUUCAAGACAUUGAGAACUUUUUUUCACAGCCCUUAUAACUCGUGGUUUUUCUAAUUACUUCCUUCUUGGGAUUUUAGUUUUAGCAAGGCCUAAAAUUAUAGUUGUUCUCUUCUUCUCCCCCCCCCCACCUUUUACCCUCAUUAAAUCAGUAUAUUGCUCUGGAUGGGCCUUUCAUUGCACCAUCCUUCAAGAAUUUCUUGCAUUUUAUUCUUUCCUUGAGAAAUGUGAGAAAACUGUUUAAAUGGUAGUAAUUGGUCAAAUAAUUUAAUAGUGGAUACAGAAAAGAGGUCAGAAGCCAUCCAUUUAUAACUCAGCUAAAAUUUUAACAGUCCAGUUACUUGGAUUCUUGACCGCUGGAAACAGAUCUCUACACACUUGUUCUAACAGUUCUCACACUUGCAGAAGUAUUUCAUUCUAGCUUUUUCCAUCUUAUACUAAUCUGUAUUCUGGGUUAUGGUGAAAACUGAAAUAAUUCCCUGUAAUGUCAGUGGGGCGUUCCAAAUGUUAAGCUGCUCCGUCAGUCCUUUGGAACAACUUGCAGUGAUUAAUUACAGUAUUGUAUUUUGAAAAUGAAUGUGACCAACUCAAUGUUACUGGGUGCUGUAUGAAUUGUAAGUGGUCAGUUGGUUCCCUUAUAAAGUCUCAUUCAUUGAGCCUCUGUGUUACGUCUUUUGAGUUACUUGUGUGUUUUCUCCAAAUAUUAGUUUCAGCAAUAAAGUUUGAUAUUAUGUAAGAGUUUAUGAUUAUCUGAUACUGCCCGUCGUAAGUCUUUAGGCUUUUUUUUAAGUUGUAUCUCCAGGAGAAGCUAUUGCAAUCCAAUUUUCUAUCUAGAACGGUCGUGUGACUGGCAGAGCAAAUUUUCUCCGAUCUGUGCAUUUUGUAUGUGAGUGAAGAGUUAAAUAAAAGUGCAUUUAGAUGUUU